CUGCGAGCCUGCGUCUCCUUGCCCUACCUUAACUUACCUUUGCCCAAAAAUGUGUCAGCCAAGACGAACGCUCUCCGUGGUCUAUAGACAGUCUUGUGCACUCUUUUCUUUCUCUCAGGCUGCGGUAUUGCGACCUCGCUGCUUCGCGCAAAAGAACGUUGACGUUGGCCGUCAUGCCUCUAUCUCCACAACCCUAUUCAAAAGCCACACCGUCAAUCCUUGGACUUGCCGCGCUCUAUAACCUGCCUUAGCCUACAGUUGUACGGUCCCGCGUCAAUGUCCCAGCAGCAUAUCAAUCUCGCAAAAGUGUGGCAGCAUCUCCAGGGCCGACAAGAUAUUUCUAACAUACUGCGCGAGAUCAUAGGUGAUCUAGCCUUGCACCAUGGCGAGACUUAUGAGAUCGAAGUGUCGAUACAAAAGAUAAUAUGGAUAAAGGUCAUAUUCGAUCUUCAGAGAACAUAUUUGACAGGCGAUGGCGCUGGGAUAGCAGGUUGUCCUUCCUACAUGCUGCCAUGUCUUGUGCCUCAAGAACUGCUGUUAUCGACCAUUUUCUUUUUGGUCGAUGUAAAGAGUCGUUUGUUCCCUAGCCAGACGACCCUCAUGACUCGGGAAUACACUCGGCCAAGACACAUGCUCUCACAGACUCUACUGUCCGGGCUGCGGCUCUUGAUGUUGAGGAAAGAAGACAUCGCCGCGCGUGAUAGGCAACGUCUACAGAAUUUGAUAAAUAAGGCAUGGCAGCAUGAUCGAUUGCAGGGUGUAGAGGGAUUCGUUGUGUCAGAGCUCUUUGCAGGUACCCUCGACCUGCUGAAUGAUCUCUUGAAUGGCGGACGGGAUCCACACGCAAGAGAAAGAGCUUGCGCAAAGUUGCCAUCAUGGCAUGUUGGUCUUUAUCCCCUCGAGAUUCAGCCAGAAACUUUCGUGACGUCUCUUAUUCAUGGAACUAUGGAAGAGGACUGGGCCUCUGCUUACUGGGUACUCUAUGACUGCCUCUGGGCUGUUGAGUCGGCAGUGACGCAGCGAUUUGUUGACAUUGCCCGAUCAACGGUUUCGUUCGACGAAAAUCAACUCGCGAUUGAUACCGACGAGAUCCUGGAAAAUUUAUAUCAGACCCGAACGAGCUUCAUCAUAUCUGUUUUUCAUCAAGUUAGUGGGCCUAUGCUGCCCACUCCAGAGCUUCUAGACUCUUUAGCAAUCACACUUCUUGACUGGAGUGCGGACCUUAACAUUUUCCUUACUCGCCAGGACUCCCUCCACCAACACCAAUCACCCGUCACUCCCGCCCCUUCGAGAGCGCCGAAUUACAGGAAACAUGUUGUAGAGAUCAGCCCUUACCUAGAAGAUGCAAUGGUGAGUCUUGCCGCAUGGCUUGCGCAGCACAGGACAAGCGGAGAGCAAAUUUCCGUUCGAAAAACUGCCAUUACGAGUAACGAUGUUCAAGACAUUGUCAAAGAUUGGAUCAUGCGAACGACUUCUGCACCUAAAGAAAGCCUGUCAAGAGAACUUGAAAGAUCGCUACCAUCGAUAUACGUAGUUGAUUGUCCUAAGCUACAUGCCCUGCCCAAACAAUUACUCGAGUACGAGCUGAGAUGGUGCGACAAAUGGGCUUAUGAGGGCAUGAAGGAAAACUCGCCAAUGGUAACAUGGAAAGAAGGCAUAGCAUGCCCUGGAUGUACAACAGGCGAAAAGGUCAAGCGUGCCCGCCUCAUAGAGCCUAUCCAACUCAUAUCCUCUGCUCUGGAAACACCGAAAUCUGACACACAAAGCGUCAGUCACUCAAGUGGCGGUGACACAGGUUCCUUCGAAGCUGGUUCAGCCUCCAUGACAUCACGGUCGGCUUCGGAGGCGAAUGCUUCAGCAUUCAGCAAUCCUGAGCCCUUUAACACCGUUAUGACCGUUCCGACUCAACUCUCACAAGCUAGCCAGGAUACCAACAACUCUGGUCAACCUCCGGGAUACUCCGAGUCGCCGAUAGACCCAGCUCCAUUCACUCCGCUCACGCCAAUCUCCCCGCGAUCGCACUCAUACGGCUCGUCCUCCAUGGAUACCCCAAUCAGUCCUGUUCUUGAAUCUUUAAACGUCCCAAUUCCUCGGGUAAACCGAAUGUCCGUAGAUCUGCCAAUACCUGUCCCAACUAGUUCCAGUGAAUUCUUUUCCAGUUCAUUGCCCCAGCGGACGAUUUCAGCGUCUUCUGCGUCGUCGAGCGCCAGAAUGAGCACCACUCCGACAGAUACCAUGGGAAGCGGGUCUAGCCUGUCCAAGAAGCCAACGAGCAGGACAGUGAGGAUUGCAAACUCCAUGCGACGGAAACCGACCCCAAAAAUCAAGGAAGCUUAUCCACUACCCAAGGAUCCGUCGUUUUCCUUCUCCACAUCGGGUCAUACCCUUUUGUUAUGGGGAAAAGAUCACCUGGUUCGCUUCGACAUCCCUUCUAACAACGUUUCGGCUACGCAAGGAUGCAGAUAUGAGAUUGAUGGGAUCGAAGCAGCGGCAGCUGGAAAUCACAAAUGCGCGAUUAUCACCAGGAACAACUCAACAACUCAUACUCUGACGGUUUAUAAUGGGCUCAGCCUACAGCCUGAACACGAAAUUGGGGUCAAAUUCUCCGGUCACGCGGGUAAAAUUUGUCUUGCGGUGUCACGAAACGAUCGUUAUAUUGCCGCCUCAAUGAGCGACGACAUUCAUGUUUUCUGUCUUGAUGGCGGAAUCAAAUCCAUACCCUUCCACAAUCAGCUUCAGGUUUUUGAGUUAAGAGGAGGAAAUCCACACCACCGAACGCUUACGAUGGGAAGAACGACUAGUGAUGAAAACUUUACGGAAAGGCGAGGAAGCGAAAGCGGGUGGAUUGAUGCACAGCGAGGCCUGAGCUCCAAAGAGAAGGCAGAAGAAGACCGGAGACGAUCGGCUGUGGUUUCUAGAAGGAUUUACUUUUCUACUGACAGCACGCAGCUUGUGGUAGCAACGCAACAAGCAGACCACUGCGUCUAUGUCGAUGUAUGGGAUUGCACAAGAGAACCAAUAAGCACCAUCUCGGAGCAUUCGCGCUCCUUCAGAAUGCCACCAUAUACACUGAACGACGGGGACCUGACAUCGGUGUUUUACGACUCUGAGCGGCGCAAUGUUGUUUGCACAGGAUUUCUAGGAAAGGAAUAUCCGAUGCUCAUUCCUUUUCCUGGAUAUGAGACCCUACAGAACGAAACGUAUAGUACUAAGAUUGUCCACGCAACCCAAUCGCCGUCAGGAUCAUCUAUAAUCGUAGCCAAUGCGAUGACCGAAAUGAUCCAAUUCGAAUAUACCUCAAAAGGGACAUUCUCACCCCGAAAAUUGAGGAAGUCCCCAGCGAAAAUCAGUAACAGCGCAUUCAAGCCUGGCGCUAUAGCUUUGGCUAUGCCUCUUGAAGAUUCCCUGCAAUGCUUCUGGAUAAAAGAUGGGAAAUGCAUCUUGAGAAGUAUCAAGAUCGGUUCUGGAGAGACCGUCAAAGACUACGACCUUCGCCCACACUACGACCGGCUGAUGAGCUUGAAAGACAGGCCUAUUGUUGCGCGAGCACCGUCACUGCACAUACCAGAACUCGAUGGUGGAUGAUCGUCAAUUUACGAAAAAGACGCUUUAUUUUACGAAUAAGAUCAUUAUCUUAGAGCAAGAACAACGACUCUACGACACAACGUUCAUGUUGCAUGAUGUCACGAUUCCUCCAAGUCUGCGAACGACACUGUGGCUGCUGCCUGCGAGUACACCAGUUUUGUUCUUCCGGACAGAGAUUUGUGACCGGCGGAGUACACAACCGCCAGAGCCUCUUCACUGCCUGCAGGCCGCAUAUUAUUGAUGGACCAGAAGGACUUUCGCAUGCAUCAAUGCCGAUCGUCAUAUGAAAUUAGCACAGACGAAACGGUUGGACAAGCACAUUAUCUACAACUAGUCAAGUGGUAUCUUAUUUUUCCAUUGGCAUAUUUAAACACUCAAGCAUAGCGACAGACAACACUGUCAAAAAUAGAUUGAUCAUAU